AUGCCAUGGAGAGAUAUAGUGUCGUGGACAACCAUAGUUGCCGCAGCUGCUCAGUAUGGGUAUUUGGAAGAAUCCUUACGAUUGCCGUACUGCAUGCCGGGCCAAUUGGAGGAAGCGAGAAUCUAUUUUGAAACUAUGCCGGAGCAAAACACUGUAUCAUUAUGCGCAUUAAUUUCUGCAUACGCCCGAAUGGGGCACCUAGACGAGGCAAGACAAUUUUCCAGAGCUGCACAUAUUGAGAGCACUGAAAUAAAAACAGCAAUGGUCAGCGCGUUUGCGGAAAAUGGAUGUGUAUUAGAAGCCAAAUAUCUGUUUGAAAGUGGUACAAAUCAUGAUUUGGUGUCGUGGACUGCUUUUAUGACCGCAUUUGCCCUUAAUGGGCAUUUUUGUCGUUGCGGGUCCUUGUUCUUGCGUAUGCCCGAAAGGGACGUGGUUGCAUGGACCACACUGCUUGCAGCUUACGCACACAACGGCAGGUCCGACGAGGCACUAUACGUUUUCCACUCCAUGAACGCCAUGGACGUGUCCGUGGAUGGAUGCUUUGGCUGUGCGCUCGUGGCAUGCAGCCACGUUGGCAGCGUCUACGCGGCAAGAUCUUGCUUCGUGUCGAUAGAGAUGGACUUCCAUGUACAGCCCGUGAAGCUCCACUUUCGGUGCAUGAUCGAUGUCUUGGGGAGAGCCGGGUAUUUGCAUUCUGCCCAGGAGCUGCUCAAAACCAUGCCCUUCGAGCCCGAGACUGUGGACUGGAAGUGCCUCUUGGGGGCAUGUAGGAGCUACAGAUCCUCCGUUGAGUUUGGGAAUUUCGUUGCCAAGAAUGUCAUUGACAAGGAUCCGAGAGGAGCUACUGGUUAUGUCCUUGCAGCCAACAUGAUGGUCUCCUAG